AGUCGGGAGGGGAGAGGAAAGGGGGGGAAGUGGGGUAAAGUGGGGUGGUCAACAGUUCCCUCAAUACGCAUGCGCCAAGAGAGCCGGGCUCGUCGGGAAAGCGAGUCCCAGCCGCCUCGCCAAACCAUCUGGCUGCGGGGCCCCCAGGCGCGCGCCUGGACUAACUUGCCCGGCAUGCAGUGCGGUGCGGCCGCCCUCUGGGCUGUGUAAAGGCCCUUCGGUCUGAGGCUUCCCUAUUUCCUGGUUCGGCGGCGGCCAUUUUGGGUGGAAGCGAGAGCCGAGCGGCAGGAGCGGCGGCGGCAGUGGCAGCUGAUUGUGUUCACUGGGUGCGGAGGGGGGAAGACGUUUGCUCUCCCGGAACGGACUUUCUCAUUCCUUUUCGUCGGUUCCGGGCGCGGAGAAUCAAGGCGGCAGCGGCGGUAGUUGCAGCAGUACCAAGGGCGGAGGUGGCGGCGGCGGCGGCGGCGGCAGCUGCAGUGACAUGUCCAGCAUGAAUCCCGAAUAUGAUUAUUUAUUCAAGUUACUGCUGAUUGGAGAUUCCGGUGUUGGGAAAUCUUGCCUUCUCCUUAGGUUUGCAGAUGAUACAUACACAGAAAGCUACAUCAGCACAAUCGGUGUGGAUUUUAAAAUAAGAACCAUAGAGUUAGAUGGAAAAACAAUUAAACUUCAAAUAUGGGACACAGCAGGCCAAGAGAGAUUUCGAACAAUCACUUCCAGUUAUUACAGAGGAGCCCAUGGCAUCAUAGUAGUGUAUGAUGUGACAGACCAGGAGUCCUUCAAUAAUGUAAAACAGUGGCUGCAGGAAAUAGACCGCUAUGCCAGUGAAAACGUCAACAAGUUAUUGGUAGGGAACAAAUGUGAUCUGACCACAAAGAAAGUAGUAGACUACACAACAGCAAAGGAAUUUGCAGAUUCUCUUGGAAUUCCAUUUUUGGAAACCAGUGCAAAGAAUGCAACAAAUGUAGAACAGUCUUUCAUGACAAUGGCGGCUGAGAUUAAAAAGCGAAUGGGCCCUGGAGCAACAGCUGGGGGUGCAGAGAAAUCCAAUGUUAAAAUUCAGAGCACUCCAGUCAAGCAGUCUAGUGGAGGUUGCUGCUAAAAUCUGCCUCCCUUCUUUUCUCACAGCAAUGAAUUUGCAAUCUGAACCCAAGUGAAAAAAAACAAAACAAAAAAAAAAACAAAAAAAAAAAAAACAAAAUUGCCUGAAUUGUACUGUAUGUAGCUGCACUACAACAGAUUCUUACCGUCUCCACAAAGGUCAGAGAUUGUAAAUGGUCAAUACUGACUUUUUUUUUAUUCCCUUGACUCAAGACAGCUAACUUCAUUUUCAGAACUGUUUUAAACCUUUGUGUGCUGGUUUAUAAAAUAAUGUGUGUAAUCCUUGUUGCUUUCCUGAUACCAGACUGUUUCCCGUGGUUGGUUAGAAUAUAUUUUGUUUUGAUGUUUAUAUUGGCAUGUUUAGAUGUCGGGUUUAGUCUUCUGAAGAUGAAGUUCAGCCAUUUUGUAUCAAACAGCACAACAGUGUCUGUCACUUUCCAUGCAUAAAAGUUUAGUGAGAUGUUAUAUGUAAGAUCUGAUUUGCUAGUUCUUUCUUGUAGAGUUAUAAAUGGAAAGAUUACACUAUCUGAUUACUAGUUUCUUCAUACUCUGCAUAUAAUUUGUGGCUGCAGAAUAUUGUAAUUUGUUGCACAAUAUGUAACAAACAACUGAAGAAAUGUUUAAUAAAUAUUGUACUUAUUGGAAGUAAUAUCAAACUGUAUGGUGAUAAGUAUUGUCUUAAUUCUUAUGGUUAAGGGGAAAUAUAGGCUUGCAUUGUGCUCAAAACAUAGCCAUUUAUGUUCAACCAGGGCACUUUAGACCUAUUUUAGAAUAGCAACAACAAUGCUUCCCAGCUAAUAUACCUGAUAAAUGAUGCAACAGUGCAGGCAUGUAUACUGUACAGGGAUUUAGCAAAUUUGGUUUGGAGGGAGAUUAAAGUGGUAUUUAUGGAAAUCAAGUACAUUUUGAAUGUACAAUAUUUAGUCUAUUAUCUCUGAAAUUUAAAACCAUUUUUAAAUGGCUUUAUUUAGAAAUGCUUUUGUUAAUUCAUCUGUAGUAGAGAUGGAAAAUUGUAUCUUUUUCCUAACUUGUGAAUGAUCAGACUAACAAUUCAAGCUGAUGUAAUUUAGCCAGUAUGUGCUUUUUUUUAUAUACUGUUACUUCCAUAUUCUGAAUCAGUACCGUUUCAACUUUAUUAAAUAAGUUUAGCGCACUAUCUUCAAUAAUUAUUCUGCCCUCCAUAAACUGUAGCUAUAUAACUUGUGUUGGGGGAAAAGUUAAAACACUGAAGCAGCUUGGGAGUAGGCUUUCUUUCAUUAGUUGAUAACCCUUACCUGAAAAAUGACACCCCUAAAAAUGAGUUAAAACCAUUUGUGGCUGGGUGGAAAUUUUAAAAGAAAGUUAUUUGCCUGGGUGAAUUUUUGCACCCACAUGAAAACAGAAGUCUCAAGAAGAUGUUGGGUUUUUUUGAGUUGGGUUCUGAAUCUUUUGUUUUCCCCCUAAACACUUUGAUUUAAGAUUUUCCCCUUAUUGUUUGUUUAAACAUAUGCUACAAUAGCCAAAACACUGUACACAAACACAUUCUAUGGUGAAGUCUUUGAACUUAAUUCAGGGGUUAAAAUACAGGUAAAAGCAACCCUUAAAAUAUUUUUUAUUUUAUUUUCACUAAACAGGCAAUCGUAAUACAUGGUACAAAAAUAAGUGGGUAAGAUUAUUGUAAAAUGAAUGAACAGAAUAAAUAUACAAUUGAAUUUUCCAUCUAUGAGAAUUUCACAAUAAAAUCAUAGUUUACUUUGUA